AUGCUGGGGGGCUUGCGCUGUUGGGCCUCUAGGGCGAUCAGGGGCCCUAGCCUCUCGCACUCCAUUCUUUUUGGAGCUGCAGCCGGUGAGCAUCAUGGUGGCGCGGGCAAGGGGCUAGGGGCAAAGAGCUGUGGCACCAAAACUGCUGUGACAAAGAGCAUCGGGAGCUAUGCAUCCUACUACCUUUAUCGCUUUGUCUGCCUGACAACUGCGGACUCCACCCACUAUGCCAUUGCUUCACGCUGGCGAUAUAUGGAGAAACAGAAUCUAUUCUUCAAAGAGCUCGACGAGACGCUGGCUGCUGGGGCCUUGGGGGCCCUUGUCAAGGAAUACGAUCCAGUAGCGACACGCCUACCGUUUAAACCACUGGAGGACAAAUACCGCAUCUGA